UCAGAAAGCAUUAGUUUUCCGGAACAUAAACCUAAAAAUUUCAUAGCUUCAGCAUGAAUAAACGAAUGUAUGAUGUGAGCGACCCUAGUGACCAGGUGCUGCACGCAACAAAAUUAGCGCAGAACGGGCCGAGGAGGCAUGUGCGAGGCCUGGAGGAGCUUGAUGGCUGGGUUCGCUCGCAGGCCUACAAUGACACGAUCGCCUACAUCAGCAGCACCAGCAUGGCCAUACAGGGAAUCAAAUUGAACAGCGAUUACCCAGUCUCAAAGCAGAUACUAAGACUGUGUGACAUUUUCGAUGGCUUGGAGAUGCUCCUAGCCGAGAGCACACCCAAGUUUAACAGCUCCGAUACAUUGCUGGAGUCCCAGCAGACCUCCGCCAGGGCCUACCGCACCUGGACACGCCAUAUGCAGCAGUUUGUCUUCUCGAUACUCGACGAGGCAUUGCAGCCAGAGUGCAAGCACAUCAACGAACUGGGACAGUACUUGCGGCGCUCCUUUGGCUGCUCGAGCAACCUCGAGUUUGGCCCCGCCAACGAACUAAUGUUCCUGUUCUUCCUUUGCAGCCUGUUCAGGGCCGGCAUACUGGUUGCUGAGGAUACUGUGGCCGCGGCCUUGCUACUGUUCCACCGCUACAUUCGCUUGGUUCGCCGACUGAUCCUGACCUACUCGUUAUCGCUGACAAAGAACUCAAGGAGCUCGAUGGACGACUACUACGUGAUGCCCUAUAUUUGGGGAGCAGCUCAGCUUUCACUGGAUGCGCCAUUCUCACCGAUGCAGAGCGAGCUUCCGCUGACCCUAGAGACCCAUGGGCAGGACUACAUGUUGCUGGAGAUAAUCGAUCAUCUGCAGAAGACGAGAGGGUUCCAGCUCAACCACAGCGCCUUCCAGUUGUGGUGCAUUCUGUCGGCACCCACUUGGCCGCAGGUCUAUGGGGGAAUCGAGCGCUCUUACGUGUCAAACGUGCUCGCCUCAUUCGAAACAGUUGAGAACGCGAUAUUUUGUGAACUUAUGUCCUUCAAAAGUGUGCCGGCGUUUACAAUGGAGCAGCGUACCUAUCUGGGCAGGCGAUUCUCUGAAGAUCGCAAGAGUUCGAUGCGUAGUCAGGGAGAGAUGCCCGUAGCAGUCCACAAAUGUGUGAGCCAACAGCCCAGCUUGUUCUUUGGCUUUCACGAAAAGAAGUCCACUGAUGAGGAGAGCGAUGAUGAAGAGCACAAUCCGUUAUGGAUAGUCCAGCGCCGCAAUACACUAGAAGACAACUCGGAUACAAGUACAGCCGUUUACUUUAGAGAUGCAAAGACUAUUAAGGAUGAUCUGCCGCCGCCAUCGUCCUCCGAACAAUCGUCCUAACACCGCUAACCUUCACGCUAAAUGAAAGAA